AUGGUCACACGCAAAUCCGGAAGCCACGCCCUGUCCAUCCGCACCGACUCGACCGCCUCGUCCUCGCCCACGCCCUCGCUGCAAGACUUUGAUGCCCGCGACGUCAAGAUGGCCCUGUCCGACUGCCAGCCCGCCCCGCUGACCGUCUCGAUACCCAAGAACAUCCCCAGCCCGCAAUGCCGGAAACCCAAUCUGCAGGAGAUCCUCAGCAACACCGCCCCGCCGCCCUACACCCUCACCUCCUUCAUGGCCUUCCUGUCCCAGAACCACUGCCUCGAGAACCUCGAAUUCACCAUGGACGCCUCCCGCUACCGCAAGCACUACUCCAAGAUGGUCAACCGCCAUCCGGGCAGCCCCAUCUCGCCAUUGUCCGAAGAGUGCGGCUACGUGCUGAUGCUCUGGCGUCGAUUGAUUGACGCCUACAUCCGCGAGUCCGGCCCACGAGAAGUCAACCUUCCCGCCGAAGUCCGCGACACUUUACUAAGCCUAUCCGACUCAUAUGUCCCACCCCACCCAUCGGCAUUAGACAGUGCCGUGGCCAAGAUCAACGAGCUCAUGGAGGAGAGCGUACUGGUCUCGUUCCUCAACUCAGUCAGCCCACAGAGUGCUCACCCCGCCAGCCACGAGAGCUACGCUGGUAGCAACAUCUCACGCUCAUCGACCCGCAGCUACGAGGAGCGGAGUAUGCUCUCCCGCUCGUCACAGCCGCCCGUGCCUGCCCACCAACGAGCAUCGGCACCGUCGUCACUGACGUCUGGCUUCAUGGCCUCGAGACCCUUCUCACACUCUCGGUUCCACUCUCAGCCGACCUCUUCCGGUCAAGCACACACCCGUGUUACAUCUGGCUACACUAGUGGCAGCGAUGCAUUGACCGAUGACUCUGGCAGCGCCAGCAGCCCGUCGGGCAUGAGCGAUCCACUUACACCGCCUGGCACACCGCCCAUGAGCGAUUACCCCAUGGCCGACUUUCAUCAAGCCUACUACGACACUGGCUCGAAUAGCGGCACACCCAGCCCCCGCAACAGCCGAGGAGAGCACAAUGGUCUCGCCAGUGCUACCCGGGAUAGCUGGAAGCGAGUAAGCAGCAAGCUCUGGCCCAAGAAGAAGAGCGGCGGCCAGCUCCGAGACGACGAACCAGGCGUUGUCGAGGGCGGCCUGUUCUAA